AAGAGGGGGGAGUCCAGGAAGGAGGUGGGGAGAAUUGGCAAAGCUCCCUGCCACCCCCAUUUUCCAGAUGACGCGACUGAGGCCCAACCAGCUUUGUAGGAGGCGGAGUCUCCCCAGGGUCCCUCUCAGGCUGUCCUAGGGGAGGGGGCUCUGGGAGCCACAAGGCCCCUCCCUGCCUCUCCCUCCAUCUUCCGGCAAGCUCAGAGGGGCGGGGAGAGAGAGCCAGAGGAGGUGGAGAACUCGGAGCAGCUCUGCAGAGGGGGGCAGGAGCUCCGGUGUUUGAUACCCCCAGCCCCACCGCUGUUGCUGCUGCUGCAACGGGGACAUAGACACCCCCCAGUUUCCUUGUGCGAGUGGCCCAGGGCCUCUCCAGGUUUCCACCAUCCUGGAGACAGCCACAUUUUCCUAAAGGCUUCCCCCCAAGUCUCCGCGGGCCUGGGGCACGGCAGGAUGGCGGCAGGCGUGGCCACCUGGCUGCCUUUCGCACGGGCGGCUGCUGUGGGCUGGUUGCCCCUGGCCCAGCAGCCCCUGCCCCCGGCGCCGGGGGUGAAGGCAUCUCGAGGGGAUGAGGUUCUGGUGGUGAAUGUGAGCGGUCGGCGCUUUGAGACCUGGAAAAACACGCUGGACCGCUACCCAGACACUCUGCUGGGCAGUUCAGAGAAGGAAUUCUUCUACAAUGCCGACUCAGGCGAGUACUUCUUUGAUCGCGACCCGGACAUGUUCCGGCAUGUGCUGAAUUUCUACCGCACGGGCCGGCUGCACUGCCCGCGGCAGGAGUGCAUCCAGGCCUUCGACGAAGAGCUGGCUUUCUAUGGCCUGGUGCCCGAGCUCGUGGGCGACUGCUGCCUCGAAGAGUACCGGGACCGCAAGAAGGAGAACGCCGAGCGCCUAGCAGAGGACGAGGAGGCCGAGCAGGCCGGGGACGGCCCAACGCUGCCGGCUGGCAGCUCCCUGCGGCAGCGGCUCUGGCGGGCCUUCGAGAACCCGCAUACAAGCACCGCGGCCCUUGUGUUCUACUACGUGACCGGCUUUUUCAUCGCCGUGUCGGUCAUCGCCAACGUGGUGGAGACCAUUCCAUGCCGUGGCCCUACACGGCGGCCACCAAGGGAGCAGCCCUGUGGCGACCGCUUCCCACUGGCCUUUUUCUGCAUGGACACGGCCUGUGUACUCAUAUUUACGGGUGAAUACCUCCUGCGGCUGUUUGCUGCCCCCAGCCGUUGCCGCUUCCUGCGGAGUGUGAUGAGCCUCAUUGACGUGGUGGCCAUCCUGCCCUACUACAUCGGGCUCUUCAUGCCCAAGAACGAGGAUGUCUCAGGCGCCUUUGUCACCCUGCGCGUGUUCCGGGUAUUCCGCAUCUUCAAGUUCUCCAGGCACUCACAGGGCUUGCGGAUUCUGGGCUACACACUCAAGAGCUGUGCCUCUGAGCUGGGCUUUCUCCUCUUUUCCCUUACCAUGGCCAUCAUCAUAUUCGCCACUGUUAUGUUUUAUGCUGAGAAAGGCACAAACAAGACCAACUUUACUAGCAUCCCCGCGGCCUUCUGGUAUACCAUUGUCACCAUGACCACACUUGGCUAUGGAGAUAUGGUGCCCAGCACCAUUGCUGGCAAGAUUUUUGGAUCCAUCUGCUCACUCAGUGGCGUCUUGGUCAUUGCCCUGCCUGUGCCAGUCAUUGUGUCCAACUUUAGCCGCAUCUACCACCAGAACCAGCGUGCUGACAAGCGCCGAGCACAGCAGAAGGUGCGCCUGGCAAGGAUUCGGUUGGCAAAGAGUGGUACCACCAAUGCCUUCCUGCAGUACAAGCAGAAUGGGAGCCUUGAGGACAGUGGCGGUGGGGAGGAGCAGGCACUGUGUGUCAGGAACCGCUCUGCUUUCGAGCAGCAACAUCAUCACUUGCUGCAUUGUCUAGAGAAGACGACGUGCCAUGAGUUCACGGACGAGCUAACCUUCAGCGAGGCCCUGGGUGCUGUCUCGCUGGGUAGUCGCACCAGCCGCAGCACUUCCAUGUCCUCCCAGCCAGUGGGAGCUGGCAGCCUGCUAUCUUCUUGCUGCCCCCGCAGGGCCAAGCGUCGUGCCAUCCGCCUUGCCAACUCCACUGCCUCGGUCAGCCGUGGUAGCAUGCAGGAGCUGGACACACUGGCAGGGCUGCGGAGGAGCCCUGCCCCUCAGAGCCGCUCAAGCCUCAAUGCCAAGCCCCAUGACAGCCUUGACUUGACCUGCGACAGCCGGGACUUCGUGGCUGCCAUCAUCAGUAUCCCCACCCCUCCUGCCAACACCCCAGAUGAGAGCCAACCUUCCUCCCCUGGCGGUGGUGGUGGUGGGGCCAGCAGCACCCUCAGGAACUCCAGCCUGGGUACCCCUUGCCUCCUUCCCGAGACUGUCAAGAUCUCUUCCCUAUGACAGGCAGGCCUGCCCAUCCAGAGUGCCCUCCCAAUUCUUGGGGACUCCUUUCCAAAGCCAUAUUUUGGGAAGGUAGAGAAGGGCAGGCCUGGGGACCCCUUCUGCCCCCCACUGAGAACUAUGCAAUGGAGUUUCAUGGAAUGGCCUACCUGGUGGGGAAAUAGCCAGGGAAUGGAAAACUUCCCCUACCCCAGACAGUUUUCCUUGUGGGAGCUGAAGUGCUGGGCUUCCUCAGACCCUCAACCUCCUUGCCCCAGCACACUGGGACUGGCCCCUCUACCCAAGCUGGCCUCCUGCAUGCUCCUCCCCUCCCCAGUUCUGACACAAGAAGGAGAGGUGAGACUUCCUCUUCUCUCUGGCUGAGCUAUGGAGGUUUGGGGGUUCAGAGAAGAGAACUCUCACUGAUGAUCUGGCCUCUAGAAGAAGACCCCACUCUCCACCAGGCCCAACAACUCCCAAAUUCUGAAGCUUGGAAUGCAACCACAGGUUUCAUGGGCUGUGGUCUCAGCAGUGACCUGCCACCCCUAAACCUUGGCUGAGGGGUUAGGCUGCCUUUCCCCAAACACACAGAUAGCACAAACACCACUCCCCUUCCCUGGCUGCUGGAAAUGGGUCCCCACAACCCUGUCCUCCACUGGGCCGCCAGCAAACUCUAGCAAUAGCAGCUGCUGCCGUCACAUUAUGCAAAGCCUCUGCCCAGUUUGCUGCAGCAUUUACAUCUGCCCUAAUCAUAGGGGCCACCUCUAACUAUGCCUCCUUCUCUCUUCUCUGGUUUACCUCCUUCCUGGGUUGGGCUGGAGUCUGGACUGGCUGAGAUAAAAGUCUGGCAGCCAGCAAGAACUGGGCUGUGUUUAGAGAUCAUGGGCUGACUCCAUGUUCUUGGGCAGGAGUCCAGAAGUGUCAGGGACUGAGGCCCAGCUUAUUCCUGAACUCUAGGAGUUGUAGGUGGCAGAAGAAACUUCUUUAUCUCCUUCUCCAACCCCACAAUGCCUUUUCACAUAUUCCUCUCUCUUCUCCCUCUUGGGUCACCUUCCAGAACUCUCUGUCUGCUCUCAGGCUGAAAUCUGGCAUCAUCUCAGGUUCCCUGUCCCCAGCACUGUCCCUGUGGAGUUGGUGGCUGACAAAGAUGUAGUUUCCAUCAGUCAAUAAAACCUGAGAGGAGAGAUGAGGAUGAGCACCUCCUGGCUCUGUGGAUUUGGGGCUGGGUUGGACUGGGGGGUUGAAAAUACUCCAAUUUCAAUUCCUUUUAACUAGUAGAAGGGCUGUUGUGGGAAAAGUUAUGGGAGGUGGAUGGUUGCUGGUGUACUUUAGAAGACGGGAAUCUAGGAGAAAUGGAAGAGGGUGCUUAGAAGAGGUAAAUCUACAGCCAGUGAGAUAGACUAGGAGAUCCUGAGACAUGCCCCAUGAACAUAAUUUGCUCCAGCCCCCUCACUCACAGAUAGAGAAACUGAGAACCAAGGCAGCACACACUUGCUUAGAGGAGACUUAAAACUAGGCUUCCUGACAGCAAACAGCUCUGAAUUAAACCCCGAUGAAAAGCAUCUCUUGAUUUUGUGAAUUCCACUUCCUUGUGGAUGUCCCCUACCUUUAGUCUCUCUUUUGGGCCACUGGAUAUUCUAGACUAGUGUAACUGAGCUCUGUGGAGCACCGAGAAGACAGCCCUUGGAUUCAGGAUGACAUGAGUUCCAGUCCCUGGGUUAGAGGAUCACUUAUCUUCUCUUGCCUCAAGUUGCUAAUCUGUGAAAUAGAGAUAAUCAUUCA